AUGGCAACCAAACGGAAACGGUAUCACCAUCAUAGAGGAACUCCUCAGGAUGAACCCUCCUCUGACCAUAAGAAACGACGUCGGCUUUCUGAUGAUGCUAUCGGGUACGACGAAAACUCACGAAAGACUCAUCAUCAUAGUCGAGGCAAAAGGGACGAAAUGGACGAAGACGGCUGGACCAAAGUUUCAUCAAAAAGCUCCAAACGUGACAAAUCGAACAAGCAACAUGAAAGAGACCUGGAAGACUACCCUCGUUUGCGCAUGCACCAGAACUAUCAGGGCGAGAUCAAAUUGAAGGAUCUUCGCGACCUAGCUUUGUAUUUACUAGCUGAUGAGGCAGCUCCCAAAUGGCUUGCAGUGGCUAAUUCGAGGCGCGUAAAAAAGGUUGUGGUCGUUAUGCUUCCAGGCAUGGACGAGGCACUUUUACGACAGAUCGAAAAAUUAGCGCAUGUCAGUAAGGACCUUGGAACCACGAAUGGAACUCAUGGUCAGACUGAGGUUAAUCCGAGCACGAAAACCGAGGACGUUGAGCAGUUGAAGACAGAUGUGGCUCAAAACGAUGAGAGUCAGGAUGAGCCGCGUGACAAAGCCGCAUCGUAUUCUUGGUUGUUCGACAAUAUACUGCAGGUUAGAGGGCCUGGCGAUGCGAAAACGUCAAAGGUGCAUUCGCCUCUGCAGGCCAUGCUGCUUUCUCAAGGUUCAGAUAAGAGCCAACAGAACAACAACCGCGGCCAUGCUGCAGAGCGAACCGCUCUAGCGGAUUUCAUACAUUCGGCAGACGAACUGCGAGAAGCAGAAUUCCCGAUCCACCCAGCUGCGUUCACCUCUAAGCUGGAUGCAGAGCUCGAAGCCAAUCGACGCGAAAGGACAGGUCAAUCAACGAAAGCCGGUUGGGUCGAUAGCAACGUUUCCGUAUCGCAGGUGCAGCUCGAUGCGACGGCAAGUGAUCAAACCUCGCAAGGACUCAAUAUAUAUUCCGUUGACUGUGAAAUGGUGCAGACCUGUGAUGACGCAACGUCACUUGCUCGUGUAUCGAUUGUGUCCUACCCAGACGGCAAGACUAUCAUUGACAAAUACGUCAAACCGGCUCAGCCAAUCACGAAUUACUUCACCCAGUUUUCAGGCAUCACUCCAGAAAUUCUUGAGAACGUCACGACUACACUACAGGACGUCCAGAAGGAGAUUCUCGAGUUGCUUACACCAGCAAGCGUCUUGCUUGGCCAUUCUCUGGAUUCUGAUCUUAACGCUUUAAAGCUUACUCAUCCAUUCCUUGUCGACACCUCCAUUAUCUAUCCUCAUCCAAGAGGUCUUCCAUUACGGUCAUCCCUGAAAUACCUGGCCAACAAAUACCUUAAACGAGAAAUACAGACAGGUGGUGCUAACGGCCAUAACUCGGUCGAAGAUGCACAAGCUGUCCUCGAUCUCGUCAAGCUCAAAUGUGAGAAAGGACCAAAAUGGGGUACAAUUGAGGCAAACGGUGAACCAGUAUUCAGACGUCUCAAGCGCAAUGGCAGAACGAGUGCAAUGGUCGAGUAUGGAACGCCUGAACGAGGUUAUGGUAAAGAUGCUACAUACACAAUCGGUUGUCAAAACGAUGACGAGGUGGUUCAAGGUGUAGUACGAGCUGUCAAAGGCGACAAUUUUUACGACUUUGAGAUUCCUGCUGGAGGUGUUGACUUUGUUUGGGGUCGGUUGAGAGCUCUGGAAUUCGUUCGAGGUUGGGUUAGUGGCGCAUCCGUUCUACCUCGUGACGUCAAGAAGGAUGAUACCGGCUUACCAACUGAGUCUGGUAACCUUGCACAGGAAGAGAAGCACCAACUCGAUGCUUUGGCCGUCCAAACACUCGAACGACUUCAAAGGAUACACGAGGCACUUCCUGCAAAAUCCCUGUUAAUGGUAUGUAGUGGAACCUCGGACGUUCGACCCGUAAUACAACUACAAGCCCAACAGCAACAAUACAGGAAGGAGUUUAAGGUCAAAAAGUGGGACGAGCUUACUAUCAAAUGGACCGACACCGAAGAGCAAGCAUUGAGGAGAGCCUGUGAGGCAGCAAGAGCUGGAUGGGGUGUUUGUACAAUCAAAUGA